AUGUUCGACGACGGCGAAAAUACGGAUUCUAUCUUUGACGUUUUCAGCGGCAAAGCCCACGCCAACGCUCUCGAUGAUUUUGACGACAUUGAGAUGGAAGAAGAAGAGGUCAAUGAAGAAGAGAAUGUCGAAAACACAAAGAAUCACGCACAGGUCAUUGCUCCCGACAGUGGAGUGCCACCCUCUGCUACCACUGCUGCUGCUGCCAAGAGACAUCGCGUUGAAGAUCUAGCUGCCCCACAACCGGUCGUGGCAGACACUUUUGAACAAAAAACUUCGCGCGAAGUGGCCAACAUUGCUGGUCUGCAAAACGUCUCUGCAACAGAAGGCCCUCAAAUUACGUUGCAGCACCAGGUUCGCCACCAAGUUGCAGUACCACCAAACUACAAUUACGUUCCGAUCUCGCAGCACGUGCCACCCAGCGAUCCUGCACGAGUGUACCCAUUCACCCUUGAUCCUUUCCAGCGUGUGUCCGUCUCUUCAAUCGAACGCAACGAAUCAGUAUUGGUGUCUGCCCACACGUCGGCUGGUAAAACGGUAGUCGCCGAAUAUGCCAUUGCGCAGUGCUUGAAGAACAAACAGCGUAUUAUUUACACUUCGCCUAUCAAGGCCCUGUCGAAUCAGAAGUUCCGAGAAUUCACAGAAGAAUUCGGCGACGUUGGCUUGAUGACCGGUGAUGUUACUAUUAACCCCCAAGCAUCAUGUCUUGUAAUGACAACCGAAAUUUUGCGAUCCAUGUUGUAUCGUGGCUCUGAAAUCAUUCGUGAAGUCGCCUGGGUUGUUUAUGACGAAAUUCAUUACAUGAGAGAUUCAGAACGUGGUGUUGUUUGGGAAGAAUCCAUCAUCUUAUUGCCUCAUGCCGUGCGCUAUGUCUUUUUGUCGGCCACUAUUCCAAAUGCUAUGCAAUUUGCCGAGUGGAUCUGCAAGAUUCACGAACAGCCAUGUCACGUGGUGUACACAGAUUUCCGUCCCACUCCUUUACAGCACUAUCUGUUCCCCGCUGGUGGCGACGGUAUCCAUUUAGUCGUGGACGAAAAGAGUCAAUUCAAGGAGGACAACUUCCAACGAGCCAUUGCUGCCUUGUCGGACCGUCAGGGUGAUGAUGUUGCUGGUACCAAGGCACGUGGUAGAGGUGGUAACAAGGGACCAAAGACUUUCAAGGGUGGCAACAAGAACGACGCGCCUUCGGAUAUCUUCCGUAUCAUCAAAAUGGUCAUGUUGAAGAACUACCAUCCUGUGAUCGUUUUCAGUUUUGCAAAGCGUGAAUGUGAAGCAAAUGCCUUACAACUGAGUAAAUUGGACUUUAAUGAUGAAAACGAACGUGAUAUGGUUUCUCAAGUUUUCAAUAACGCCAUCUCAUCGCUCAACGAGGACGAUCGUCAACUGGCACAAAUUCAACAACUUUUGCCAUUGCUACGACGCGGUAUUGGUGUCCAUCAUGGUGGUCUCUUGCCAAUCAUGAAAGAAACAAUUGAAGUUUUGUUCCAAGAGGGCUUGCUGAAGGUGCUCUUUGCUACUGAAACUUUCUCGAUCGGUUUGAACAUGCCUGCCAAGACAGUAGUGUUUACAAGCGUACGAAAAUUCGAUGGCAAAGAGAUGCGAUGGGUAUCAUCCGGUGAAUAUAUCCAAAUGUCCGGUCGUGCUGGUCGUAGAGGUCUUGAUGAGCGUGGUGUUGUCAUUAUGAUGAUUGAUGAAAAAAUGGAGCCUGUUAUUGCCAAGGGCAUGGUCAAGGGUGAAUCUGAUCGCAUGAAUUCCGCAUUCCAUCUAAGUUAUAACAUGGUUCUCAACCUUUUACGAGUCGAAGGCGUAAGUCCUGAAUUUAUGCUGGAGCGCUGUUUCUACACUUUCCAAAAUGAUGCAAAUAUUCCAGAUUACGAGCGAGAUCUGGCUCAGCUGGAGGCUGAACGAAGGUCCGUGGUUGUACCUGACGAAGAAGAGAUCGCCUCCUAUUAUGAAGUGCGCAAACAAAUCGAUACCUACACCCGCGACGUUCGUGAUGUCGUCAGCCAUCCUACUUACUGUUUGCCUUUCUUGCAGCCUGGUCGUCUUGUUCGUAUCAAGCACUUGGAUAUGGAUUUCGGCUGGGGUGCGGUGGUCAACUACUCACGAGCCAAGACGCACAAGAACAAGAAUAAUACCGACCCAGAGCCUGCCAAUUUCAUUUUGGACGUCUUACUCUUCUGUGAACAGAGCAGCUCGAUGUCCAAAGAUGCUGAGGGAAGAACAGUAGGAGUCCUACCCGCAGAAUCUGAUGAAACGGGUGCUUUAAUGGCUGUUCCAGUAGCACUCUCUGCAUUGGAAGGUAUCAGUCACAUUCGAUUGGUUCUACCCAAAGAAGUACGAAGCAACGAUUCUCGCAAGUCUGUGUUAAAAUCUAUUCGGGAAGUAAAAAAGCGAUUCCCUGAUAAUAUGCCGCUUUUGGAUCCGGUCGAAAACAUGAACAUCAAGGAUCCUGAGUUCAAGAAACUUGUAGCGAAAAUUGUCAUGUUGGAGAAGACACUGCUGGCACAUCCCCUGAGUCAAUCUCCUGAUCUACCAGUAUUAUAUGAUGCUUAUGCUACCAAGGUUGAAUUGACAGAAAAAGUCAGAGCUAUGAAGAAAAAGAUCACCGAAGCACAAUCUAUUAUUCAACUGGAUGAACUCAAGAGUCGAAAGCGUGUGAUGCGACGACUUGGAUUCACUACACAAGCCGAUGUCGUUGAGAUGAAGGGCCGUGUGGCAUGCGAAAUCAGCACGGGUGACGAGUUACUGCUAACUGAAAUGAUUUUCCAAAACGUGUUUAACGAGCUCACUGCGGAGCAAUCGGUAGCACUUUUAAGUUGCUUUGUGUUUGACGAAGAGGUGGAUCAAAAGGCACGCAUGCAGGAAGAACUAGCUGCACCUGUGCGGAUGAUGCGGGAUACAGCUCGUAAGAUUGCAAAGAUCGCAAAGGAAUGCAAGAUGGAUAUCGACGAGGACGAAUAUGUUGCCAAAUUCAAGCCCGAAUUAAUGGAUGUUGUAUACGCGUGGUGUCAGGGCGCUAAAUUCCACCAAAUUUGUAAAAUGACUGAAGUAUACGAGGGUUCGCUUAUCCGUAUUUUCCGACGCUUAGAAGAAUUAUUACGGCAGAUGAGUGCUGCUGCAAAGAGUAUCGGUAACACUGAACUGGAAAACAAAUUCUCAGAUGGCAUUAGCAAAAUCCAUAGGGAUAUCAUUUUCGCUGCAUCUCUUUACUUGUAA